UGCCAGCGCCCGGCCAUGGCCCGCGACCGCGGCCCCCCGGUGCUCCGGCAGCCGCCCGGCCCCCCGCGCCUGCCCGCCGCUCUGCCCGCCGAGAGCCGCGGCUGGGGCUGGGGCUGGCUGGGAGCGGGGCUGUGGCCGGCGCUGGUGGUGGGGCUGCUGGCCGCCCUCGUCGCCUGGCUCUGGUACGGCAGCGGCGACGGGCGAGGCGAGGAGAGCGGCGGGGAGGCGGCCGGGGAGGCCCCGCGGGCGAGGGGCGAAGCGGAGGGCACAGAGGAUCUUCUGGCGAGCGGCGAGCAAGUGCUGCAGCAGGCCAAGGCUGCUGCUCUGUCCAGCCGUCGGGAAGCAGGGGAGGAUGCACCGCAGCAUAACCACGCUGAGAGCAGCAGAGCGGCCUGCGGAGCUCCGGAGAGGGAGCAGCUGCUGCCGAAGCCGUGUGCCGCUGCCUCUGAGCCCCACGCCGGGGAGCAUCCAGCCGAUGUGCGUGAUGGCCAGGCCGGGCAACCGAGACCCCAGGUGGGACAGGCGAGCGAUGGAUGGCGCAUGAGGAGCUCUGGCGGUGUUUGUAAGGACGGAAGCGAGGAGCAGCUGGGUGAGCCAGCCCAGGUUCGGGACCUGGACCAGGAAGAGUGGGAAGUGGUGUCUGAGCACCUGGACUGGGGGGAGGCCGGCAAGAAUGGCAGCGUGGAAGACUCGGACAGCAAGGAAUGGGAACAAGGAGACUGCCCUGAUGGGGACCUGAAAGCAAAGCGAGUUGCAGCGGUGCCCCCGAUGUUUCAGAAUAUCCACGUGACUUUCCGCGUGCACUAUAUCACGCACUCUGACGCUCAACUGAUCGGUGUUACUGGUGACCACGAGUGUCUUGGCCAGUGGCACAGCUACGUUCCCCUCAAGUACGACAAGGAUGGCUUCUGGUCUCAAUCUGUUAGCUUGCCAGUAGACACCAAAGUAGAGUGGAAAUUUAUCUUGGUUGAGAAUGGGAAGGUCACACGUUGGGAAGAAUGCGGUAACAGGACCCUAGUGACCGAACACGAAGAUCGAAUCGCUCACCAGUGGUGGGGACACCACUGACUGGAUUUUGGAAGCUGCUUAUCUGAUGGCAAACCUGCUUAGAUUAAGCACAGAGCCCCUGUAAUUUCUCUCUCUUCAGUAGGAGACCUUCUCAGCUGCACAGCUCUGUAAGUCCCAUAUCAAACCUGGUUAAACUGUGUGAGCAGCAGAUCUCGGUCCUCCCCUUUAGGAGAUCAUCUGGCAUCCUGAAGAAUCAACCUCAUGGUCUGAAGAUGUGCAAGGUAGGAUCUGAAGGCAUGAGCAGCAUUCCAAGCAGCUGCCUGUCUGGAUAAAUCUGGACCCUGGACUUGAGUUUGCGCUGCUGUGAGCGGGGCUACGGGAUGUAUCUUUGUGCUGUCGGCUUAGGGCUUUAAAAGCAUUCUAGGAAGUGUGGUUACCUACACUGCAAUAGGAACUUAAGUGUUUUAACUUAUGUAAUGUAUUAAGUAAGCAAUAAAAACUUUCAGACUGACAGUCCUUUAUAACAUAA